UGGUGGGAAGUGGCGAGCGGAGAAGCGUGGAGGCGGGUUGCGAGUGAGAGAGGGAGGGAGGGAAGAGAGAGGAGUGGAGGGAGGGAGGAAGGGACGGAGAGAAGGAGGGAGGCGCUGGAGCGAGGAGGUGGGGAGGACACGGGCAGGAGGGAGAGAGUCGAGUGAGGGAGAGAGGGCGGGAGAGGGAGGUGGGAUCCCGAGACGAGAGAGAGAGAGAGGCAGUCGCUGCCUAAAGACGCCAUUGAACGAUCCGCGCGCCGAACCGCGCUCCGUGUCAACGCGGGACCCGGCGCGCAUCGCCAGCGGCGUCCUCAUCAGCAUGCCGCGACGGAAGCAGCAAGCGCCGAGGCGUGCGUCCGCUUACAUUGAUGACGACGAAUUUGCGGAAGACUGUGCGCAUGAGGAGGAGUCCGGAGAGGCGAGUGAAGAUGAUCCUCGGGUCCCGAGUCCUUCCCAAGGACUCGAGCAGCAGCAGGAGCAGCAGGAGCAUGAACCUCUUGCACUCAGGGCGCUCACGCAGACGAGGGACAAUCGAUGCGGCAAUGUCGACAGCAACGGGAACCACCACCUUGUCCAGGGCAGUGACGACGAGGGUGAUAACAACAACGAUGUUGACGACGACGAUGACGGCGGUGGUGGUGGUGGUGGCGACGACGAUGAAGGCAUGAACAACCACAGCCACAACCACAACCACCACCACCACCAUCACCACCGCAGCAGAAGCAGCAACAGCAGCAGCAGCAACAAGACAAAGAACGGCAUCAGCAGCCAGAUGAACAACAGCGGCAGCAGCAACAAUGCCAACGGUGGCAACGGCAAUGACAUUGAUGAUGAUGACGAUGAUGAUGAUGACGGUGGGGGUGAGAUGGAGGAGGAGGCGGAGGAGGAAGAGGAGGAAAUGGUCGACGACGAUGGCGACGUUGACGAUGAUCGCGGGGUUGCGCUGGAGAAGGAAGCGACUGCAGCGGCGGCGGCUGACAGCGGUGUCGGGGCCCCCCCCGCCAAGUCGGCCCCCCAUUUCUGCUUGGGCAGCAGCAGCAACGGGCAGACGGACUCGGACAAGGCGGGCAGGAGACGCGUGGCGAAACAAGAGGAGGAGGCGGCGGCGACGACGCCGACGAAUGCGGACGAGGAGGAGGAGGAGGACAAGAAGAAAGACCCCGUGUCUCCGUCCGUGAUCGAGGACAGCCUCUCGCAGAUGAAAGCUGCCUAUGCCAACUUCCUCUCGAGCUCCUAUUGGUCCACAGUGGGGAGCUUCAGCUACGCUCAGCCCAACGGCGCCGGCGGCGGCGGGGGCGGCGGCGGCGCGGGCGCCAACUUCGACUGGCACCGCGCGGCUGUGGCCAAGAGCCUGCAGCAGGCGACGUCCCCCUCGACGCCGUCGCCGCUGUACGCUCACGACCAGCAGUGCGGCCUCUUCAGCUCCGUGCAGCUCUACCGCCAGAGCAGCAAGCUGUACAGCCCCGUGUUCACGGGCGCCAGCAAGUUCCGCUGCCGCGACUGCAGCGCCGCGUACGACCGCCUCGUCGACCUCACGGUGCACAUGAGCGAGACGGGCCACUACCGCGACGAGAGCAUGCGCGCGGCAAACGGAGGCGCCGACGGCUCGGGCAACCGGCAGGCGUGGUCCAAGCCGCGCAAGCGCUCGCUCAUGGAGAUCGAGGGCAAGGAGGAGGCGCAGAAGGUGCUCCGCUGCCUUUGCUGCGGCCACGCGUUCGAGUCGCUGCAGGACCUCAGCGUGCACAUGAUCCGCACCAAGCACUACCAGAAGGUGCCCCUGCGCGAGCCCAUGGCGGCCCUCACCGCCAAGCCGUGCCAUGCCACCAAGAAGCGGCCGCACCUCGAGACGACGGCGGUGGCGGCGGCGGUGGUGGCGGCGGGGGCCGAGCGCGCGUGCAGCUCUCCCGAGUCGACGGUGAGUGACGCGGCCACGACGCCACCAGCCGACCAGCUGUCGGGCAAUCACAAGGGGCAGGUGGUGGGUUCCAACUGCCCUGCUCGCUCGUCCUCUACCACCGCCAACACCACCACCUCCUCCUCCCAUCACCACCACCACCAUCACCAGAACGGCACCAGCUACUCGUGGCAGUUCGAGUCGCAGAAAGCGCACAUCCUCAAGUGCAUGGAGUGCGGCAGCUCGCACGACACCCUGCAGCAGCUCACGGCUCACAUGAUGGCCACGGGCCACUUCAUCAAGCUCACCGCGCCCGCCAACUCCUCCUCAUCAUCGUCGCUGCUGCUGGCGAGGAAGAGCAAGCAGGUGAACUUCGAGGCGCACGCGGCCGACGACAAGGUGCAGAGCGUGCACCUCGGAGCGACGAGCAAGCUCGGCGCCGUGCCUCCGCCGGCCGUCGCGGCGGUGAAGGUCGAGAGGCAGUCGGCGAGGGACGGUGAUCGCCACGCGGGCGCCGAGGGCAAGAAGGCGAACGUCAAGGACAAGAAGAGCGAGCAACGGGAGAAGCGGGAGACGUCGGCGGCGGCUGAGAAGGGAGUGACGGCACCGUCGCCUGAUUUGCCCAAGCACCAGGAGGCGGACCUGCCCUCCCAGUUUGACUACCUGAAGGAGGAGGACCUCUCCGAGAGCUCCAAGGAGGGAGGCCUGGACAUCCUCAAGUCCCUGGAGCACACGGUGGCGUCCAUCAUCAGCAAGGCGCAGAACGGCAGCGGGAGCUGGGGCGGCUACCCGAGCAUCCAUGCCGCGUACCAGCUGCCAGGCCACGUGGCGCGGCCCGCGCACGCGCCGAGCGUCGCUCCAAGCAAGCUCGUCACGCGCGAUGACCUCGAACUCCAGCAGCAGCAGCGGCAGCAGCAUCGCCAUCAUCACCAUCGGCAGCAGCCGUCGCCGCCACCGUCGCGCUCCCACGUGGAGUCGUCGUCGUCGUCGUCGCCUUCGUCGUCGGCGGCGACCACCCCGUCGCCGCCCGCGUCGCCGCACGGCGCCAAGGUGCCGCCGCUCGUGCCGUCGCCGCCCGUGCAGCCGCUGCCCAGCAACGUGCGCGCCAUGGAGGAGCUCGUGCGCAAGAUGACGGAGAAGGUGAACUCGUCCUCCGCCACCUCCUCGUCCUCCUCCCCCUUCUCCGCCGCGUCAUCGUCGCGGAUGACGAGGGACGCCUCGGAGUCGAAGGGCGCGCCGCCGAGGACCGCCGCCGCCAUCGCCGGUGGGAAGCGCGAGGCCCGAGACGACAAAGGUCAUGCCGCCGCGAGGGGCGCAGAGCUCUUCGGCGGCCGCGACGUCAAGUGGGACCUCGGCCAGGAGCUGCGGAGGAAGGCGAACCACGAGGCGAGGAGGGGGGCGGGCGCCAGGGACGCCCGCGACAGGCACGGGCGCGAGGCGCAGCGGCUUGGCGGUGGCGGCAGCGGCGGCAGCGGGGAGCGACUACGAGACGUGAAGGUGGAGAGGACCAUCGAGGUUAAGAGCGAGGCGACGCGUGGAGCUUCUCCUCCGGCCGGCGUGGAGGCGAGCGCCGUGUGCUUGAAGGUGGAGGGCGCGCAGGGCGCAGGCCGCAGGGACGGAAGCUGCACGGCGGCGGCGACGGAGGUGGCGGUGGCAGCCACGGGUGGCGCGAACAAAACGUGCGAAGCCCGGAAUGGCAAGAGCACGCAUGAGAAGCCAUUCUCCUCCUCUUCCUCCUCCUCCUCCUCCUGCACACCUCCCGGUUUCAGCAGCCUCUCCAUCAUCACGGAGCAUCCGGGCGAGCCCUGCCUCGUGAACCCGCUGAGCGCGCUGCAGUCGGUCAUGAAUGCGCACCUCGGCAAAGCGGCCAAGCCUCUGUCGCCCGCGCUGCUCGACCCGCUGAGCAGGCUACACCGCCUCGGCGGCUCCUCCCUCGACAGACCUCGCUCAGCGGCGGCGACGGCCCUCCCUGCGUCGCUCGGGCAUGCCCGGCACGCCGACGGGGCCGCGGGCGGGGACGAGCGCGCGCCGGCCUUCGCGGCCCGCGGGGAGCCAUCGAGCGACCAGCCCAUGGACCUGACCAAGUCCAAACCAGCGUCGGCGGCCGCGGAGCGGUGCCGCGCAGGCGGCAGCGUCACCGCGAUGCCCCUGAUGCUGGCGGCGUCGCCCGCCGGCGAGAAUGCGCUCUCCGACAUCUCGGACCUGGUGCGCAACCUCGCCGGGCGCCUCACGCCCAAGCCGCCCACCCCGUCGAGCGCCACGUCCAGCGUGGCGGCCUCCGACAGGUCCGACGGCGGCGACGCCUGCAGCGGAGGCGCCCCCGACGAGGACGCAGCCGAGGCCGAGCGGGGCCCCCCAGGCGGCGGGGCGGGGGGAGGCUCGGCCGCCUCCGCCGACGUUUCGGGAAAGCAGCGCAAGGCCGGCCGCCAAUCGGCGUGGAACCCGCGCCACCUCCUCCUGCUGCAGGCGCAGUUCGCCGCGAGCCUCCGGCAGACCGCGGACGGCCGCUACGUCAUCUCGGACCUCAGCCCGCAGGAGCGGCUGAACGUGGCGCGGGCCACGGGGCUGUCUGCGAGCACCAUCAGCCACUGGCUGGCCAACGUCAAGUACCAGCUGCGGCGAACGGGCGGCACCAAGUUCCUCAAGCACAUGGACACGGGGCGGCCCGUGUUCUACUGCUGCGACUGCGCCAUGCAGUUCCGCACGCCGCCCGCCUACGUGGGUCACGCCGAGGCGCACCUGGGCUUCGGUUUGCGCGACCUCAGCAAGGUGGCCGUGGUGGAGAGGACGGGCGCGGAGGGAUUGGCGGUGGGUUCGCAGCAGGCCGCGUCUCCGUCACCGCCGCCGCCAUCGGUGGCGGCUGCGGCGGCGGCGGUGGUGGCGGUGGCAGCAACAGCAGCGGCGGCCGGGCCUCGUGACGAGCCCGAGUGCGGAGCGCCGUGCCGGUGCCAGCUGUGCGGGAGAUCGUUCAGCAGCAGGCACGCGGUGAAGCUGCACCUCAGCAAGGCGCACUCCAAGUCCCCCGAGGACCACGUGAUGUUUGUGAGCGACGUGGCUGCGGAUCAGCCGGCGCCGCAACCGCAAGCUUAGGGCCUGGUAAGCAAUGGCGAUGAUGACGAUGGUGAUGAUGGCGAGGAUGAUGAUGGUGAGGAUGGUGGUGAGGAUGAUGGUGAGGAUGAUGAUGCCGCCGCACACGGCGCAGAUGAAUGGGAGUGGGCGGUGAGGGGGUGAUGAGUGGUGUCCACUGGUUGAGGAAUCUGCAGUCUCGGGUGAUGGUGGUGCGUGUGGCAGUGGAUUGAGUUGAGAGACUGUGAACGCGAUGGUUUUGGUGUCGCCGAUGCAUCCACGCACACACACGCGUGCGCGCGGGCUUUCUUUCAUCUUCCGUACGGCUGCUUCUGAUGUCGACGCAGAGCAGCGACUAGAAUGUCACGUGCAGGUGGUCAAGCCCAGACAACCGCGACAGGAGCCGCAGAGUUGUACCGCUGUGAUGUCUCCUUUGUGUUUGUGGAACGGGCAUUGCAAUAUACGCAUUUAGAUUAAACAUAUACGCAGUAAUUCCUCGAUAUACGAAGCAGAUGCAUUCCUGGAGCUUAGUAUGCACAUAGAAACGUCGUAUACUGUAUCGAAUGACUUGUACUAUUCGUACUAUGUGGUUGUGUCCCAAGCCUUCGUAACUUACCGUGUCAUGCUGUGAAUAACGACAAUUUAUAUUGAAAAUAAUAUAAUAUUUUAUAUUGUACAGUGGGACCACUUCCGCCGAUAAGACAUCAUCGGUGUGAGGGCCGCCACACAUUUGAAACCACUGGGGGUUUGACAGCAGCACGACGACGACGAUGAUGAUGAUGACGAUGAGGGGUGUUCUCACUCUUUGUGUACUGUCGGAGGCCGCACGUCACGCGGCAGCAUUGAAGGCCACCAGCGGCCGUCCGUAGCCCACGGGGCCUUGAAAUGAAGUCCAUUGCCUUCAUCGGUGCUCGAUGACAGCUCCAACGCACGCACAGAUACGUACCCGCUUUACUCCCUGCGGUGCCACUAAAAGUCAACGCGUUCAUCAAAAACACUGCACUUGAAGGAACAAAACGUAUCCUUAUUGUAGGCGACGUUUCGAGAAAUGGCCCUUUUUCAUGGCACACAUUAUUGACAUGGAACGUGUUGAAUUUUUUUGCGUUUUUUUUUUCUGGACUGUGCUUGUGCGCCACUGCCAAACGCAUCAGCAUCAGCAACGUAAUAUGUUUAACAACAACACCAACACACAACAACAACAACAACGGAUCAUCACAGACGCGGCCAAACGUGGAGUCGAACUCAGAGCCGAAUCUCACGGCUGCCGUCCCAUCGCUCAGAGCUCGAAGCGUUCAGUGACUCCCUCCCCCACCCCCCACACUGUGAAGCUCGGACCUCUCCCUGCGCCACGAAACCGGUCCUUCUCUAGGUCGACUCAGCCUCAAACGAGUCCCUGGUGCGACGUGUGAACAUCGCCGCUGGGGAGACAAAGGGGGUUCUACCCACUCACCCACCCACCCCCCUCGUGUACCGUGCCGGCCCUUCAUAGGCGCUACUCGCUAACAGCACUUGCCCCAACAGUUUCUUAAGGCUAUCGUGGUGGCGGG